ACUUAUCUCUGAGGCGCGCGGUUGUUCAUUCCUGUCCGGCCACAGCUUCCUGCUCCCAUGUUUUAAGCGCGCUGCUUUUGGUUCACCAUGUCCACCGGGUCUCUCAGCGAUGUCGACGACGAGCUCCUGGACGGCAUCCUAAAGUUUGGCUCCUCCAGUAAAGACUCCAACGAGAGCGAGGAAGAGAGCUCCAACUCCGAGGGCGCAAAAGACACACCGGGCAAGAAACGGAAGAAAGCGUCCCGGAAAAAGGCAUCCAAGGGUGGGGCACAGCAGGAGGGCAAGCAUGGGCCGAGGAACGCGGCCAACGCCCGGGAGAGAGCCAGGAUGCGGGUCCUGUCCAAAGCCUUCUCCCGCCUGAAGACCACCUUACCAUGGGUACCGUCGGACACCAAGCUCUCCAAACUGGACACUCUGCGCCUGGCGUCCAGCUACAUCGCGCACCUCCGGCAGAUACUGGUCAACGACAAAUAUGAAAACGGAUUUAUCCACCCCGUUAACCUGACGUGGCCUUUCAUGGUUGCAGGUAAGCCGGAGAACGAGUUGAAGGAGAUGCUGAACAACACAACGAGGUUAUGUGGAACAACGGCGUCUUGACGAACCGAGGAACACUGCUUUUCCGAGAAAAAAAACAGAAACAUUGUGACUGACAUGAACGUCUCAUCUCCGCAGACUUUGAGUGGGAAUAACAGAGAAUAUUAUCUCUUUUUCGUUCCCGUAAAGACAAGUUGAAUUUUAUUUAAAUGCAAUAUGUCACCCAUUGUUGUCUUUGCUGGUCCAAAGAUAAACUGCGUGCUUUAAAUUGCUUUUUUAUACUCUUCAGACGCAUUUUUACGCAUGCAGGCCUGUUGUGGCGGCUGCAUUAUGAAGGAUGUGCACAUGAAAAAUGUCCACCGUCUCAAAUGGUUGUACAGAUUACAUGUAUAUAAAAUAUAUUUGUAUCACUUUUA